AUUUCAUCGUUCACUCCCAGAAUGCACAGAGGGAAGCCAAAAUAGGGAGAUUUUUAGGUGUCAUGACGCUAGGCUCUCGCGUCUAAAUAAUACAAAUAAAACAUUGCUAUCAGUGGGGAUUAAAGCGCUCUCGGUAAAGAGAAGAUCAUACUGAUGUCUAGCUAACCGAGAUUGGAGAAAGGAUAUUCCGACCAUCAUGGCAGCGUCAGAGCUCUACACAAAGUUUGCUCGGGUGUGGAUCCCUGAUGCAGAGGAAGUGUGGAAGUCGGCCGAGCUGGUGAAGGACUAUAAGCAGGGAGACGGAGUGCUGCAGCUACAGCUGGAGGAUGGAGAGGAAAUUGAACACAAAUUGGACCCCAAGACCAAGAAUCUUCCACACCUGCGAAACCCUGACAUCUUGGUGGGAGAGAAUGAUCUCACGGCGCUCAGCUACCUGCACGAGCCCGCCGUGCUGCACAACCUUAAAGUGCGCUUCAUCGACUCCAAGCUCAUCUACACCUACUGCGGUAUUGUCCUGGUGGCCAUCAACCCCUAUGAGAAUCUGCCCAUCUAUGGAUCAGAUAUCAUUAAUGCCUACAGUGGUCAGAACAUGGGGGACAUGGAUCCACAUAUAUUCGCUGUUGCAGAGGAGGCAUAUAAGCAGAUGGCGAGAGAUGAGCGGAAUCAGUCCAUCAUUGUGAGCGGGGAGUCCGGCGCUGGUAAGACGGUCUCUGCCAAAUAUGCCAUGCGGUACUUCGCCACGGUCAGUGGCUCAGCCAGCGAGGCCAAUGUGGAGGAGAAGGUGUUGGCCUCCAAUCCCAUCAUGGAGUCAAUUGGUAACGCCAAAACAACAAGGAAUGACAACAGCAGUCGUUUCGGCAAGUACAUUGAGAUUGGCUUCGACAGGCGCUACCAUAUCAUCGGAGCCAACAUGAGGACCUACCUGCUGGAAAAGUCCCGAGUGGUGUUUCAGGCGGAUGAAGAACGAAACUACCAUAUCUUUUAUCAGCUGUGUGCCUCCUCCCAUUUACCUGAGUUGAAAGCCCUCAAGCUGGGCAGCGCAAAUGACUUCCUCUACACCAAGCAGGGCGGGAACCCUGUCAUAGAUGGUGUAAAUGAUGCCAAGGAGAUGUCCAAUACUAGACAAGCUUUCACAUUGCUAGGUAUCAAUGAAUCAUAUCAAAUGGGACUCUUCCACAUUCUUGCUGCAAUCCUCCAUCUUGGAAAUGUGGAGGUGAAGGACCGUGAUGCAGACAGUAGUACCAUCCCGCCCAACAAUGGCCAUCUUACAACAUUUUGUGAGCUUAUGGGUGUGACCUACCAGGACAUGUCCCAUUGGCUCUGUCACAAAAAAUUGAAAACAGCAACAGAGACGUACAUCAAAACCAUCCCCAAGAUCCAGGCCACCAAUGCCCGCGAUGCCCUGGCCAAGCACAUAUACGCCAAGCUGUUCAACUGGAUCGUGGAUCACGUGAAUAAAGCCCUGCACGCCAACGUCAAGCAGCACUCUUUCAUUGGAGUCCUGGAUAUUUACGGGUUUGAGACAUUUGAGAUCAACAGCUUUGAGCAGUUCUGUAUAAAUUACGCAAAUGAAAAGCUUCAACAGCAAUUUAACAUGCAUGUGUUUAAACUGGAACAGGAAGAGUACAUGAAGGAGCAGAUCCCCUGGACACUUAUAGAUUUCUAUGAUAAUCAGCCGUGCAUCAAUCUUAUUGAGGCCAAGAUGGGAAUCCUGGACCUGCUGGAUGAAGAGUGCAAGAUGCCAAAGGGGUCUGAUGACUCAUGGGCCCAGAAGUUGUACAACACUCACCUGAAGACAUGUGCACUGUUCCAAAAGCCACGGAUGUCCAACAGGGCCUUCAUCAUUCAGCAUUUUGCUGAUAAGGUGGAGUACCAGUGCGAUGGCUUCCUGGAGAAAAACAAAGACACCGUGAACGAGGAGCAGAUUCAUGUCCUCAAAGCAAGCAAGAAGUUUGACCUCUUGGUGGAGCUGUUUCAAGAUGAGGAGAAGGCCACCACCCCUACUGGAGCCACAACAGGGAAGCGCGUUCUCAGUGUCAAGCCUGACAAGGGCCGGCCCAGUUCCAGCAAGGAACAUAAGAAGACUGUUGGUCUCCAGUUCCGGAACUCACUUCAUCUACUAAUGGAGACUCUGAAUGCAACAACACCCCACUAUGUACGCUGCAUCAAGCCCAAUGACUUCAAGCACGCCUUCACAUUUGACCCCAAGAGGGCGGUACAGCAGCUUAGAGCCUGUGGCGUGCUGGAGACGAUCCGCAUCUCGGCUGCUGGCUUCCCAUCCCGGUGGACCUAUCAGGAGUUCUUCAGCCGGUACCGUGUUCUAAUGAAGCAGAAAGACGUUCUGGCAGAUAAGAAGCUGACUUGCAAAAAUGUGCUGGAACAACUUGUGCAGGAUCCUGACAAGUACCAGUUUGGUAAGACCAAGAUCUUCUUCCGGGCGGGUCAAGUUGCCUACCUGGAAAAGCUCAGAGCGGACAAACUCCGCGCCGCCUGCAUCCGCAUCCAGAAGACCAUCCGCUGCUGGCUGGCUCGUAAGAAGUACCUGCGAAUGAAGAAAGCCGCCAUCAACAUCCAGAGACACGUGCGUGGAUACCAGGCCCGCCGGCUGGUCAAGUUCAUGCGUAGGACUCGUGCAGCCAUCAUCAUUCAGAAGUACCAGCGCAUGUACACGGAGAGAACACGAUUCAAACGCAAGAAGGCAGCUGCUCUCGCAAUGCAGUGCAUCCUCAGGGCCUACAUGGCCCGCCAGCAUUACAAAGGGCUCGUGCGGGAGCACAAGGCAGUGCUGAUCCAGAAGAUGGUGCGAGGAUGGCUGGCCCGGCAGUGGUACAAGCGAUCGCUGGAGGCCAUCGUGUACCUGCAGUGCUGCUUCCGGCGCAUGAAGGCCAGGCGCGAGCUCAAGAAGCUCAAGAUCGAGGCGCGCUCCGUGGAGCACUACAAGAAGCUCAACAUCGGCAUGGAGAACAAGAUCAUGCAGCUGCAGCGGCGCAUUGACGAGCAGAGCAAAGACAACCGUGCGAUGAACGAGCGGCUGAACGGCCUGGAGAGCUCCCACGCAGUCGAGAGCGAGCGUCUGCGCAAGGAGGUGACUCGGCUGCGCACGGCCGAGGAGGAGGCCAAGACCAACGCCAACAAGGUGACCUCGCUGCUGGAGGAGCUGGCCCGUCUGCGCAAGGAGCUGCAGACCACCCAGAGCGAGAAGAAGGUGAUCGAGGACUGGGCCGAGAAGUACCGCGACGAGAUGGAGAAGAUGGUGGCAGAGCUAAAAGACCAGAAUGGGAUGCUGAAAACCGAAAAAGACGAUCUGAACCGCCUGAUUCAGGAGCAGAGCCUGCAGAUGACAGAGAAGAUGCGGCGCGCCCUGCAGGAAGAGACCCAGCAGCUGGAGAGCGAUUUGAACGAGGAGCGUUCCCGCUACCAGAACCUCCUGACCGAACACCUUCGCCUGGAGGAACGCUACGACGACCUCAAAGAGUCCAUCAGUGUGAACGCGCCCAAGCCUGGCCACAGGAGGACCGAUUCCACUCACAGCAGCAACGAGUCCGAAAGCACCUACAUCUCGGAGUUUGCCGAGUCCGAGGAAGGAUCCCGUGCCGGGGAGGACAUGACCAGGGGAGGGGACAUGUCCACCUUCUUGAAGAUGCAGAAGAGAGUCACCGAGCUGGAGCAGGAAAAGCAUUCGCUGCAAAACGAGCUCGACCGCAGAGAGGAGCAGUUUCAGCGGGCUAGAGCCAGGGAUGAUGAGGAACACAAGAAGGCUCGCGGUGCAGAGUUGGAAUAUGAGUCUCUUAAGCGGCAGGAGCUGGAUUCGGAGAACAAGAAGCUGAAGCACGACCUGAACGAGAUGCGUCAGCUGCUGGGCGGCAACGCCGGGGCCAACACGUCAGUGCCGGGCUCGCCGGCCUACAAGGUGCUGCUGGACCAGCUCAACUCCUCCAACGAGGAGCUGGAGGUGCGCAAGGAAGAGGUGCUGAUCCUGCGCUCACAGCUGGUCAGCCAGAAAGAGGCCAUGCAGCACAAGGAUGAGAAGGAGACAAUGACCGAGCCCAUGGCCCACACGGAGGACAUCAGGAAGAUGAAGGAUGCCGGAGAAAUUACUCAGGCUUACAUUGGCCUCAAAGACACCAACAGAUCGCCCAGGUUUGUGCGCAAACCGCUCGAAGUGAAUGAGCUGGUCAAUAGGCUGAGAUCCCCUGCACCAGACUACCAUAAGCUGAAUGAGGAUGGCGAGCUCUGGCUGGUUUAUGAGGGGUUAAAGGAAACCAACAGGCUGCUGGAGUCCCAGCUGCAGACGCAGCGGCGUAGCCACGACAACGAGGUGGAGGUUCUGCGUGGCGAGCUGCAGAGCAUGAAGGAGGAGAACAACCGGCAGCAGCAACUGCUGGCCCAGAACCUGCAGCUGCCCCCGGAGGCCCGCAUCGAGGCCAGCCUGCAGCACGAGAUCACCCGCCUCACCAACGAGAACCUGGAAAUGCAAAAUACAGACGACCCAGACAAAUAUCGGCAGUAUCGAAUCAACGUUUUAAAGCGGAUGAUUGACCUGAUGGAGCAGCUGGAGAAGCAGGACAAGACUGUCCGCAAGCUGAAGAAGCAGCUCAAGGUCUUUGCCAAGAAGAUCGGUGAACUGGAAGGAGGCCAGGUGGAGAGUGUGUCACCUGGGCAGACGGUCGAUGAGCCCAUCCGGCCGGUCAACAUCCCCCGCAGAGAGAAGGACUUCCAAGGCAUGCUGGAGUACAAGAAGGAGGAUGAACUGAAGCUGGUCAAGAACCUCAUCCUGGAGUUGAAGCCACGAGGUGUAGCUGUAAACCUGAUCCCAGGCCUGCCGGCCUACAUUCUCUUCAUGUGUCUGCGACACGCCGACUAUGUCAACGAUGACCAGAAGGUCCGCUCCCUGCUCACCUGCACUAUCAACAGCAUCAAGAAGAUCCUGAAGAAACGAGGAGAUGACUUUGAGACAGUUUCAUUCUGGCUCUCCAACACAUGCCGCUUCCUACACUGCUUGAAACAGUACAGUGGUGAUGAGCAAUUCAUGAAGCACAACUCGAACAAGCAGAAUGAUCACUGCCUGUCCAACUUUGACCUGGCGGAGUACCGGCAGGUGCUGAGUGACUUGGCCAUCCAGAUCUACCAGCAGCUCAUCAAGUGCAUGGAGAAUAUCCUGCAGCCCAUGAUCGUGUCCGGCAUGCUGGAGCACGAGACCAUCCAGGGUGUGUCGGGCAUAAAGCCCACGGGUUUGCGCAAGCGUACCUCCAGCAUCGCAGACGAGGGCACCUACACGCUGGAAUCCAUCCUGCGUCAGCUCAACUCCUUCCACUCCAUCAUGUGUCAGCAUGGCACUGACCCCGAGCUCAUCAAGCAGGUGGUCAAGCAGCAGUUCUACAUCAUCGGCGCUGUUACCCUCAACAACCUGCUGCUGCGCAAGGACAUGUGCUCCUGGAGCAAGGGCAUGCAGAUCAGGUACAACGUGAGCCAGCUGGAGGAGUGGCUCCGGGAGAAGAACCUGAUGAACUGCGGCGCCAAAGAGACACUGGAGCCCCUGAUCCAGGCAGCGCAGCUCCUGCAGGUCAAGAAGAAGACGGACGAGGACGCCGAGGCCAUCUGCUCCAUGUGCAACGCUCUCACCACUGCACAGAUUGUGAAGGUGCUGAACCUGUACACUCCUCUGAAUGAGUUUGAAGAGAGAGUGUCUGUAACCUUCAUACGAACCAUACAGACGCGUUUACGAGACCGCAUGGAGUCGCCACAGCUCCUCAUGGACACCAAAAUGAUCUACCCGGUCACGUUCCCCUUCAACCCGUCCUCUCUGGCCCUGGAGACCAUCCAGAUCCCCACCAGCCUAAACCUGAACUUCCUGACCCGUGUGUAGAAGCUCCCUCGCACCCCAGCCACACCU